AUGGCCUUCUCUUCCCUGUUCUGUAGGGAGCUUCUGGAGACCACGUGCCGCUUGGCCAACACACUGAAGAGGCAUGGAGUGCACCGAGGGGACCGUGUGGCCAUCUACAUGCCUGUGUCUCCACUGGCCGUGGCGGCCAUGCUGGCCUGCGCCAGGAUUGGAGACAUCCAUACAGUGGUCUUUGCUGGCUUCAGUGCCGAGUCCUUGGCUGGAAGGAUCAAUGAUGCCAAGUGCAAGGUGGUUAUUACCUUCAACCAAGGAGUCCGGGGAGGGCGUGUGGUGGAACUGAAGAAAAUAGUGGAUGAAGCUGUGAAGAAUUGCCCAACAAUCCAGCAUGUCCUUGUAGCGCACAGGACAGAUGCCAAGGUGCCCAUGGGGGAUCUGGAUGUCCCCCUGGAGCAGGAGAUGGCCAAGGAGGCCCCUGUGUGCACCCCUGAAAGCAUGGGCAGUGAAGACAUGCUCUUCAUGCUGUGCACCUCUGGGAGCACUGGUUCACCCAAGGGAAUCGUCCAUACGCAGGCGGGCUACCUAUUGUAUGCUGCCCUGACGCACAAGCUCGUGUUUGACUACCAGCCAGGUGAUGUCUUUGGCUGUGUGGCUGACAUUGGUUGGAUCACAGGACACAGCUACGUGGUAUAUGGACCCCUCUGCAAUGGAGCUACCACUGUCCUUUUUGAGAGUACCCUAAUGUACCCUGAUGCUGGUCAGUACUAGGAGACGGUGCAGAGGCUCAAGAUCAACCAGUUCUAUGGAGCCCCAACAGCUGUCCGGCUGCUUCUGAAGCAUGGAGAUACCUGGGUGAAAAAGUAUGACCGUUCCUCCCUGCGCACACUGGGGUCAGGUGAGCGUGCUGAUGGCUUAGCAUGGCAUUACUGAUCUGGGUGGCCCUGACAGGAGAAUGGCAGGGGAACAUCCCACUGUUUGGCAAUGGUGAAUCUAAGCUGGCAAACCGGUGGCAUCUGCAUUGCACCUCGGCCCUCAGAAGAUGGGGCAGAGAUCCUCCCGGGUAUGGCCAUGAGGCCCUUUUUUGGCAUUGUCCCUGCACUCAUGGAUGAGAAGGGUAACAUCGUGGAGGGCGGUGAUGUCUCUGGGGCCCUAUGCAUCUCCCAGGCUUGGCCAGGCAUGGCCAGGACCAUCUAUGGUGAUCACCAGAGGUUCAUAGAUGCCUACUUCAGAGCAUACCCAGGCUAUUACUUCACUGGAGAUGGAGCUCACCGUACAGAAGGUGGAUAUUACCAAAUCACGGGGCGCAUGGAUGAUGUCAUCAACAUCAGUGGCCACCGCCUGGGAACUGCAGAGAUUGAGGAUGCAAUGGCUGACCACCCCGCUGUGCCAGAAACUGCUGUCAUUGGGUACCCUCACGACAUCAAGGGAGAAG